GGGGAAACUUAAGGGAACGGACACAUCGGUGCGCCGCUGAAAGCCGUCCCCUUUUGGUUGGAACGGGAAGCAGUAUCUGGCGAGGACAUGAGCCGGAAAUGGAAGUUCUCAAGGCUUGUGCUACAGUGCCGGAGGAUCCACUCUGCAGGGCCGUACCUAGGGAAAACGGGAGCAGAGCAACACUGGCUGGAGCGGCAUUUCAGUGACCCAUAUGUGAAGAAAGCCAAACAGCAGGCCUAUCGUUGCCGGAGUGCCUUCAAACUGCUGGAAAUAGAUGACAAACACAGGAUCCUUCUCCCUGGGCUACAUGUGAUCGAUUGUGGCGCAGCCCCUGGUGCUUGGGCUCAAGUUGCAGUCCAGAGAGUCAACGCUGCUGGCUCUGAUCCGAGUGCCCCUACUGGUUUUGUCCUGGGAGUUGACCUCCAGCACCUUUUCCCCCUGGAAGGGGCAACCUUUUUGCCUUACUCCGAUGUCACAGAUCUGAACACCCAGAAGAAAAUCCAAGAGGUGCUCCCCAAAGGGAAAGCGGAUGUCAUCCUGAGUGACAUGGCCCCUAACGCUACAGGGGUCCGCGAAAUAGAUCACCUCAAGUUGAUCCAGCUCUGCUUAUCUCUUCUGGAUCUGGCCCCUCAUGUUUUGGAGCCUGGCGGGACCCUCCUUUGCAAAUUCUGGCAGGGCCGGGACAGCAGCCUCCUCCAAAAGAGACUCAUGGAACACUUCAAGGAAGUGAAACUCUUAAAGCCUCCUGCCAGCAGGAAAGAGUCAGCGGAGACUUUUUACUUGGCCAAAUUCUAUAAAACUGGGUCAGCCGUGCAGCAGAGGGAACACAGAUAACCUUGCUUCUUGGAAUCAAGCUUUUGAGAGUCGAUUUCAGGGGUUUCAGUCUGCACGUGAUUGGAUGACAGCCUUUCCUUUCCUCUGUCAUCUGUGCUUUUUUAAUUGUUUUGGUUCAUAAUAGUGAGCCAUGUUCCCUUUGCUGUAUUUUGUUAUGAUUUGCAGUUUUGUUUGUUAUUCUUGCAAGCAGCCCACAGAACUUUGGUUACAGGAUGGCUUGUGAGCAGUAUGAACAAAAUAUUAAAUGAA